UUCUGUUCAGUUGUUCUUUAGACACCGUGGAGUGAAGAACAAAAGCUUGGAAGAACCGAAAGUGUUACCAUCUUUGAGUGAGUAGUGAAUGUGUUUCAUGGAGUGAAAUAUCUGAUAGAAAUUGUGAUCCAUACUACGAAACAUCAUAAAACACAGACACAUAGUUAGAAAGGACUAGUUAGGUUCGUUUUUGUGACGCUUCUUCCCAACUAACCUUUACGACAAAACAAUUUUUGCAAAAACAGCCAUUUUUCUACCAACUCACCCCUAGUUGUGUGUUGUUCUGACACACAACACAAUCCACAAGACACCCUUAGUAAAACUGUGACAAAAUUUGACUCAUUUUUCUACGAUUUGUUAGUUCAAAAAACAACAAUUUCGCCAUAAAAUUAGUGAAUUACUGUACUUCGUUUUCUACUCAGCAAAAAGUUAGUGCCACUAUUUUUGUACCAAAGUUGAUACAGUUAUAGUAUCGUGAUAGUAUUCACCAAAACGUGUAACAUUGAGUUUGAUCAGACCAGGUUUGAUCUUGUUGGUGGAGUGAUUUGACUAUCUACAAUCAGUUGCGAUUAGAGACUAUCUUUAGUUGAAGCUUGGAGGUUUGUGAGUUGUAGGUAGGCAGCCUACUAUUGUCAACAAAACGGCAUAGGCUAGUGUUUGUACACCAGUUUUUGAAGUUUCGAACUUUUGUCAGUUUAGACGUUCUUGAAUUCUAGAACAAAUUAGAACCGAUUUAUUGUCUAAUAAUAUGUUAGACACUAUCCUAAGUUCCAACGAUAUUAAGAUGCCAGGAAGUAUUUUUUGCGAUAUGUCUGAUACGGUUUCUAGCGGUUCUCUUUCCAGUCGCAACGUAGUUCAAAACGCGUUAAAUUCAAACACUUUUGAAGAACAACGCGCCUUGCAACUCGCGUUUGAACUCUCUAUGAUCGGUUUGAACGAUCCAGCUUCAAAUUCUAACAAUGUCGUUGAUAACGACGUCUCGUCAACUAUGAUGUCGAACAAUUUCGUGGAGAACGACGUGUCAGCUAGUAUGAUGCCGAGCAAUUUCGUGGUGCCUGAAGAGUCCAGGAGCAAGAAGAGCCAGAAUAUGACGGAGUGCGUGCCUGUACCAAGCUCAGAACAUGUGGCCGAAAUUGUUGGCAGACAAGGCUGCAAAAUCAAAGCCCUGCGUGCCAAAACCAACACCUACAUCAAGACCCCCGUGCGCGGCGAGGAGCCAGUUUUCGUAGUCACCGGUCGCAAGGAGGACGUAGCCAAAGCAAAGCGCGAAAUCCUCAGCGCAGCCGAACACUUCUCGCAGAUCCGCGCUUCUCGCAAGAACAACCCAACUGGUACCGGCUUGUCGCCCCCGGGACCCCCGGCCAACGUCCCAGGUCAUGUCACCAUACAGGUCCGCGUUCCGUACCGAGUUGUCGGCUUGGUGGUCGGACCCAAAGGCGCAACCAUCAAGCGCAUCCAACACCUCACCCACACCUACAUCGUGACCCCGUCACGUGACAAGGAACCCGUAUUUGACGUCACCGGUCUGCCAGAAAGUGUUGAAGCUGCAAAACGAGAAAUCGAGUCGCACAUUGCUGCCCGAACUGGGACCACCUCCACCGACCCACUGUUCGGCGGCUCCGACAACUUCCUGUCCAACACACCGCCCAACGUCCUCAACGACCUCUACAAGACAGGACUUGGCAGCUUGUUCAACUACAUGGAUAACCUUCUCACUACCAAUGACAACAAUACAACCUCCAAUGCCAUAACAGAUGUGUCGUCAGCGUUCACCAACAGUUCCGGAUGUAGUUCUGCUUCGUCGGCAUCUAGUGCUUGCGGAGGUGGGACUGCGACAAACUUGGGUGACCUUGGCUCCAUCUGGGGAACGUCGAUGGAACGCGAUGAAGGUAUUGGGGAAUCACCAUCUUUCGACACAGCCACCGCGCCAUCCAGUAUCUGGUCGUUCCCUCAAACUGCAAGACCUUCUCCACCUCAAAGCACUUCGCCAACGGAGUCUGUGACCGGCAAACGGGAUUGCAUUGUUUGCGGUGAUAAGGAGGUGACGGCUGUGCUCGUUCCCUGUGGACACAACUUGUUCUGUAUGGAUUGCGGGGAGCGCAUCUCGCAGUCAACAGACUCGGCUUGCCCUGUUUGCAAUAUGCCUGCACUACAGGCUGUACGCAUUAUUUGCUAGAUUAUUUUCUAUUGUCAUCUAGAUAUCUAGAUUAUUAUACAUAUUGUUUGCUAGAGUAUCUUGCUGGUGGUAUGGAGAGUGAAGGGGGAUCGUUUUGUUUGCCAAGAUACUUUAAUAAUCUCGGCAGAGAUUUUCUACGGGUUCUAGGAUUAAAUUUAUAAACCAAACCCUUUCUAAAUCUGAAAACAUUAGAGUUCUUAAUUUCUAGAAUACUAUAGUUGUUAUACUGGUUCUAAACUUUUGUUGAACCCUGUAAAGAACUUCGAAAAUAUGGGUCUGUAUGACACCAGACCUUCUUCUAGUUCUAGAAUAUAAUUUUUUUGAAUACUCUCUGUUUUCCAUUAGUAGAGGAAUCCUACAUUAAUUACUAGCAUCUUUCUUCGAGAAUAAUCACCUUGGUUUGAAUACAUGACCUUAGUCACCUUGGUUUAUCAAGGAACUAAAGAUACAAAUUCAUUUUUAGCACUAUCUACUGUUUUUAAAAUUUUCACCUUGGAAUGACACUUUACUAUUUUAUAGUCCAGUAUUUGUAUUCAACUUGGUUGAAAAAUUUAUUGUACAUUUAAUGUAGCAUUAUUUGCUCUUCUACUCAUUAUCUUAUUUCAGCACUAUUUGUGUGUUUUUUAACCUUGUUACAAGAGUUGAGCACUAGUUCUACACAGUAGUCUUUGGUUUUUUCCAUAGAACUGCAUAUGGGUAGUAAAAGUAGUAGAAUACCGUGAAUAGUUUUUCUUCGGACAGUGCUUACCUUGAAAAAAGUGUUGUUUUAAUACUAUUCCUCCAGCUAUUCUCCUCCCUCACUCUCUACUCAGCAAAACUUUCAGUAAACACUGAUAUUUGGACUGAAAUCUUUCCUUAUUUCAAUUUUUUGCCACUAGAGUGCAGUCCAUGUAGCAAAAACCUCGCACAUAUAUUUCAAGUCAGGGCCCCCCUCCUACCUCAAUGACCUGUAACUGCCAACAUAACCUCAAAGUAAUUAUUAUUCCUGCUUCAAUUAAAAUAUAAAUAAUCUGUUAAGUUUUAAAUUACGCUGAACAGAAUGACAACUAUGUUUAAAUCUCAUGUUAUUCUAAUUACACUAAUUAAUUAUUCUUGUUGCGUAAAUUGAUGAUUUAAACUUAGCAGAAGAAGUUUAAUCAUUUAAACUUAGCAGAAGAGUCAUAAUUUUGUUGAUCAUAGCAGUCAUAUUGCAAUUAGCUGCAGUUCUUUGAUUUUACUUUUACCCAUGACUAUUGUUCUCUCAAUACAUCAACACUGUUGACCUUACUUUAAAAUUAGGCCAUACUUAAAUUUGUAGGUAAUUAUUUAUUUACAUAUAUGUGAGAUAGCAUGGAAGCUGUGAAAAGAGGGUUGUAACUGCUUAGAAGGGGUCUUGAUUUGACUACAGUCGAUUUUUUUUAAUUGGACAAAAAGUCCUAUUCUUUCAAAAAAUAUUGUCACGUAUAUUUUAUAGUUUAGGGGACAAACUGAAUUUGUAACAAGUCGAAGAUUCACUUGAAUUCUAUUGAUUAUUUUACUACACUACAAUACCGGUGUGGAUGUGCGUGUUUCAUUAUUAUUUUCUCUUGAAGUUGUCAAUGAUUCAAUAUCUUGAUGUUUCAAGAUAGGAGCUAAAUUGUUUUGGGCUUCUAUUGCAUUAGGAAACUAUACACUAAUCUAGAGACAAAUCUAUCUUAAAAGACAAAAAGUAGAUGAUAAAAUCAAGUUUUAUUAUUGAUUUUUGACAAAUAUCAAGUGUACGCACCGAUUAUUUUUCUCAUAUUUGAGCUGGUUGGACUGGAUGAUUCAUAAUAUAUUUUUAUGUUGAUUUUUUAUUAUGUUGAUGUUUUAGUUGUUUUUAUUAUUAUAAUUCAUUUAUAAUGGACUAUAUAUUGGUUGAUACAUUAUUAAUAAUUAUUUUUGUAUACUAUUUUCAUGAUUAGUGCAGUGAGAAAGAAUUGAGAAGUAAUAUUGUGUUCAGACUCACUUUCAUAGAUUUAGGUUCUUCUCUUCAAAAACAAUAUUUUUGUGAAGUUUACAUGUAUAUUAAUAUAUUUGGUAAAAUAGAGUUUUUUGUUUAUUUAUGGAUAUAUAUUUUAUCAUUUUUAGUUGUGUUUAUUUGCUCAUUAAAUGUGUUGGUUCAGUACCAUAUUUUGUUUGUACUAUUUUUAUUUGAUGAAUUUGAAACAAAAAGAUACAGAUCAAGAUAAUAUCGAAUGUAUCUAUUAUUUUUUAUUAUUUGAUCAAUUUGGAAGUAAUUGCCAAUUUUAUCUCAAAAGUCAACCAUUUGUGAUGGAUUUUGAGUUUCUUAAGUGAUUCAGACUUUUUUCUACACUCGGAUAAUUUAUAGUCUCAAAAUUCCAUUCAGAUUCUAAAAACGAUUUCUAGCAUUCUUGAUUUUAGAAUUCACUAUCAUCUUUUGGAAAAAUUUCAAUAUUGUCUCACAAAUUUCAAAUUCAUCAUUAUAAUAGUUUUCGUCUAGUAUAUAGGAUCAAGGAACUAUCAAAUAAUACAAUAUGCUGUCAAGGCUUUAUGAUAACAAAUAAUCUACCCAACAGUCUUAUUUUUCCAAUCUAUAUGAUAUAAAUUAUAUUAUGAAAAUUAUGCUGACUGAUAGUAUAUAUAUAUAUAUUGUGUAGAUAUAAAUAUAAUAUGAAUAAUGAUCACAACAGCAUUUGAUUGAAAUAAAUCUCUGAGGGGGAAAUAGUUUGUUUCAAAUUUCCAUUCUAGUUAUGUUUGGUUUAUUACAGUAGAUGUACAUCUUAUUUUUAGCAUAUCCCACCUAUAUGAGUUAUUAUAUGGGUAUUCAGGAAAAAUUUUAUUUUCUAUAUCUAUGUUGAUACAAAAUAUAAGUAGAGAAUUUCCAAUUUUCCUGCAAGUUUAGUUUAUUCUACAGCUAAUUUUCCGUUUUUUAUACUCUUCCCAUCCACUUCCAAAUGAUAGUUGAAUAAUUUUAAAGCAAUUAUUGAAAAUGGUAGUAGUUAAAGAAGUUUUUUAUUUAGUUUUUUUUUCAAAGGCCUCUAAUUUUUAUUGUUUUUAUCACAGGCUGUGAUUACUAAAACUGCCAUCAAAAUAAAUAUUUAUCUAGCAUGACACAUGCUGUAGAACUCUCCAUUCAACAACAAGCCUAAUUAAUCUGCAAAUUUUAAUUUUCAUACACUUUGGGUGCAGUUAUUGAUGUAUAUAUAUAUAUAUAUAUAUAGGCAUGACAGCAUGUGUCCUUUACUAAUUAAUCAAUGAAGAAAGGUUAAUGUGAACAAAUACAAUCUUUUUCUUAUAUUAGGCUACUCAAAUAACAAAAUAAUUUGUAUGCUAUAAUAUGCAGUAGUCUUGAAUUAUUUCUAUAGUAGGAAAAAUUGAAAACUCCUUGUAUCGAUUUAUGGUAUUCACACACAAUUUUUCUAAUAAUAAGAUAAAAAGUGUGUAGUUUAUUCAUGAAAUAUUGCAUUUUUUCCCAUUACGAUCAACAGGUGUAGAUCUUUGAAAUCUAAAAUUCAAUCCUUGCUUUCCAGUGAUUGCUGGGUUCAGAAGAAGAAUAGCAUUGGUUCUUAUAUAGGUGUUCACACAUAUGUGAACACUCUUAUAAGAAACAAUGCUAUUCAUCAAUUGAAAAGCAGAACUUUGUAUGGAACCAUGUUAGAAUCUCAGCUAGCUAUAGAAUAAUUUCUUGAUAGACGUUUGAAUUCAAUGGAAAUUAGACAGUUUUCUAUAAAUAACCUAGACUGCUAUGAUAGGGCUGUAGAUGAGACUUAAUUAAUUGAAUAAUCAGUAAAUUAAUUAAAACAUAAUAAUUAUAAUAAUAUAUUCAUACAUAUCCCAUUUUUUAUUGUUAAUAAGUAUAUCUAUAUUGAUGGAAGGAACUCUCAUAGGUGUCUAAUGUUAUAUAGUGAAUGUAUUGUGUUUCAAAGAACUAUUGGUGUACAAUAUUUUUUAUAUUGUGAUAUAGAAAUAAGUUAAUUUUUCUCAUUUUUAUUUGUUGCUAAGGAGCCAAUUUGAAGGAUACGUUUAGUUAUAAAUACUUUUUACUUUGGGAAAGAGAAUGUAUAAGAUGUUCAACAAUUUCCAAAUAUUAUUGGAUUUGAAUAGAAAUACAGAUAGUCUUCAAAAUAGGUACCAUAGAAUCAAGAUUAGAUUAUAGGAGGUUGAAUAAAAAUCAGCUGAUUAUAGUUUUAUGUUGACAUUGAAUUCAUGAGUUGUGGAUGCCAUGACAUCACAACAAUAUAAGACUACAAUUCAUUGACUGAUGAAGAGUAUUCAUCUUUUAUUAAUCAAUCUUUGUUCAUAAUAAUGUGGCAAGCAUUUCUGGGAAGUAACUAUACAUGAUUCUCAACAUUCUCGAUUCAACAACACCAAUGAUAUGCCCCUUUUUAAGUAACAGAGACAUGUUUACCAGAUAUUUUCAAGUAAUUUAAACAUGUUUUCCAAUUAUUUUUUUCUCUCAGAAUAAAUGUAUUCUGGCAUUGACAGUUGAAUGCAUUUUGCAAUAUAGGUGUCGUCUUUAAUGUUGUUGUUAAUAUUGUAUUAAUAAAUCAGUCAAAAACCAAAAAAAAAAAUACUGAAAGCAAAUAUAUGAAAAAGACUUACUAUUGAAACUAAACACCAUUUAAAAAUGUAGUGAAACAUUUCCAAGUAUUCCAAUUUGAAAAGUCUGUAUUUCAAUAUUCUAAUUAAUGAAAUGAAUCAGGCAUUAAAAUAAAUAAUCCACUUUACAUGAACUCUUAGAAUAUUAUUUCUUCUUGAUUUCAUUUUUUUGUUUCUAUUUUUGUAAUCCCUAUCCAUCCACAUGGAUUCCCAGAAAUCUAUAAUUUCUCUCUAUGAUUUCCAAUGUUUCAUCUCAAAAAUGCAAUAUUUAAGUAUAGUUGAAAAUAGUUCUAUCCAACAUACAAGUUAUAUAUAAAUAUAUUAUAAAACUUAGAUGUUUUCUGAUGAUACUAUAUAUACAUAUUCACUCAUAUAAAUAAACAUAUAUAUAUAUAUAUUUAUAUACAUAAUUGCCGAUAAAAGACAAAAUACUCAAGAAGAAUACCUAAUAUUUUUAGUGUUUCAACAUUUGAAGUAAAAUGUUUUGUGAAAUAUUUAGUUAAUUUGCUGUGUGUGAAUCAUCAUUACAAGUAGAUUAUAGAGUAUACGUGCACUUUAUUACUAGAAAUAUAGUUAAAUAGAUAAAUGAAUCAUCAUAUUUCAAUGAAUAAAUCUGUUGAGAAAGAUAACUCCAUUGAUUUUUAUUAUUAUCAAAUUGGUGUGUAUUUUACUAUCAUACUAUUUAUUAUGUUGUUUGUAGUUUUUUACAAUUGGAUAUCUUAAAACAAAAAAAAUAUAUGAAAAAAAUGUAUCAACUGCUCAAAUACCACAGUUUGGUGCGCAAAGGUAUGUAGAAUUUGUACAUUUGUAAAUUUUUGUAGUUACUGCUGCAAUAAUUAUAUAAGUGUGUAAUAUUGAUGCACAAUUUAUAAAAGCUCCAAAUACACCAAAUUAACAUCUGUUUCUGAAUUACAAAAUACAAUAUUGCAGUGCAAAAUUAAUUCAAAUUUUAUGACAAAAAUUCAUUAGAGUGCAUAAUCACAAAACAAUUUACUUUUUUGAAAUCCAUAGUUUAAUGCACAGGUUUUUCAUUAUUGAAUAAGUAAUGCAAAAAGUCUCCCUAAGAUUUAAAUGAUGCUGAUAAAAAGAUAUAUGAGAUAAAAAGUUAAACACUUCAUUUAUCAUUUAUUUGUGUAUUUCACUAACUAUUUAGUACUAAAUCACUAUACUGUUAUUAAGUUUGCAUUCUUUUUUAUAAUGAAUAUAAAAUAAAACAAUUUAAAGUUUGUCUGUUAAUAUCUAAAGCAAUAGGAAAUGUUUAAAGUUUGUAGAUUUGAGGUGUAUUUUACAUUAAAAAUACUCUAAUAUGUUGACAAAAUUGUGUACUAUACAAUUUAUUGCAUAAAAUAAAUAAGUCAGAAUGUAUUUGGGGUUUCAAACAAUAUUCUUACUCAACAUUUGUAAAAAAUUCAAUAAGCAAUAUAUUUAUGCAUGACAAAUUUCUUCAUAAUUUUCUGAACUUAUUGAUAGUAAGCUAACUCAAGCAACACUGAAUUUUCUAGAUGUUUUAUCUGAGAAUUUCUUGCUUGAAUAAUUCUUCCCUCAAUUUAUUCAAAAGCUAUCAGGUGUGUAAAUAUAGGUAUUCAAUGUGCAUGAAAGUAAUACAUGAUUUUUCAUUAAUAGUUCGUUUAUAAAUGUGUGUUUAUAUAUCUAUAUGCUGUCUGCAAGUAUAAUUAAAACCAGUUUAUCUUUCAUAAUUCUAUUUAAAAUCUAGGCAACUGAAGUACGGUAAUAAAAUAUUAUCUUCCAAUAUUUCUUGGUUGAAACUUUUCCAUUUACUGUAGGUCAUAUUAUGUAGGGCUGAUAGUAGUUAUUGUUAUAUUUGAAUAAUUUUGUACUACCUACAUUUUAAUAGUCCACGUGAGAUGCUUAUUGUGUAAUGAAAUUAACAAUUAACGUUAUUUUUACAACGGUUUUAAACUAAAAAUAUUAGGCCAAAUUCUCCCUGCUAAAGAUUUACGCUACAUUAUAAU